AUGUCUCAGACUGGUUGGUUACAAUUGUUAGGGCAGGCACAGGUCCGAGGGCCCAGUUAUAUCUCGGAGAGGUUCGAACAGUCCGUGUCGGAGUCGGCGGCCCUCUGUCUAAUCGGGGCGGUCCUUAUCAACCUGUGUGGGUCUGUCAACAACGUGGCCUUGCUGCCCAUAACCUUUGACAGGUGGUUCGUCCUCUCCUACCCAAUGAAAUACCGUCUGUUCAUGUCGUCACGACGCUGUAAACUCAUAAUUCUAGCCUCCUGGAUGCCCAACCUGUUGUUCCUGGUAGUGGAGCUGAUGACUGCGGGAGUGUCUGACGGAGUGUACGCUACCUCAUCAUACGUGAGGGGAAGGUGUGUGGUGCAGGGCCUGGUGGUGCUCGACCUCGUCAGGGUAAUAAUCUGCUGUGUACUGGUAACGACUGUAAUAUGUUUCCUGUAUGGUGCUAUGUGGUGGAAGAUAUGUACCACCUCCGUUCAAACAUUCCACAAACGGAAGCUAACCUCAAAACACAAGAAGUUCGGUAUCAUAUCCGGGGUGGUGGUCCUGACUUGUGCGCUAUCCUGGAUCCCCAGCACUUUCCUAUACUUCUCUCAUCUCUACCAAUCCAAGAUAACAGCGUAUUUCGCUGUUCUGGGUCUACAUUACAUGAUAACAGUUACCAACCCCAUCGUGUACAUACUGGGAACUCAGGGAAACGUAGGACAAGCCCUGGUCAGUACUCCGGUUCAGUAUAGACGCAAAAUAUCCAGACCUAGCAUGUACAACAGUGAAACUGUACACAGAAACUGUGUGGCGGGAACAGUGACUAUAACAGACAGUAUUCAUAAACCCCCUAUAGUGGGCACUAAACGUCCCAUCCCAGUUUUCACUUCUCAUAGUUACCCGGGCUACAGUGGAGGUGGGACUCUUCCCCGGUUUAAUAGCCAGUCCGGCACUAGUCUGGAACUUAUUAGCGAGGCUGAUUAUAGAUCUACGGAUUGUCUGGCUGAAUCGCUGGAUGAAUCGCAUAACUGA